CCCACUCACCUCCUUCUCCUUCCCCUUUUCAUCUCUCUCUAUACCUCUUAAUUUCAUCUUUCAAUCUCUCUAAUGGUGCUCCACCUCCUGCCCUCUUUAUAUACACACUAAAAAACACUCACAAAACCCUAAAACACACACACACAUACAAAACCCUAAAAAAACACAAACACAGAGAUAUAAUACACAGCAUUGGCUCUGUUUUUACUUCUGACUGAUUGGGUACUUGUUAAACCUCUGAUACUUAUUGCUCUCUGCAAGCUUUUCUGUGUAAGAAAAUUACUUGAAGCAAGAGCUUUCGAAAAAUGGCGCCCAAGAAUGGACGUGGGAAGACCAAGGGAGAUAAGAAGAAGAAGGAAGAGAAGGUUCUACCAGUUGUUGUGGAUAUAACUGUGAAUCUUCCUGAUGAUACCCAUGUUAUAUUGAAGGGAAUAUCGACAGAUAGAGUUAUAGAUAUUCGUCGACUAUUAUCCGUGAAUACAGUAACAUGCAACAUCACAAAUUUUUCGCUCUCUCACGAGGUAAGAGGCCCACGAUUGAAAGAUACGGUGGACGUUGCAGCAUUGAAGCCAUGCACGCUCAAUCUCAUUGAGGAGGACUACGACGUUGAAACCGCCACAGCACAUGUCAGACGACUGUUGGACAUCAUUGCCUGCACGACGUCGUUUGGUCCGUCGUCGGUGGUCAAGGAGGAUUUUGGCAUUAAUGUGCCGGAAACCAAGACCGGAAAGAAGACGAGCAAAUCACAACAAACCAAUAAGCGGUCCUCGAGUCUGCCGACUUUGACUCCUCCAUCGCAACAGCCGCAGUCGAAAGAUGUCUCCGUGGAUGGAGAGGGAGAGCUGAGCAAUUCGUGUCCCAAGCUUGGUAGCUUUUACGAAUUCUUCUCCCUCUCUCACCUCACUCCUCCUAUCCAGUAUGUAAGGAGGGCAACACGGCAAAAUGAAGAUGACAUUUUAAUUGAUGAUCAUCUGUUCUCGCUUGAAGUGAAGUUGUGCCAUGGAAAACCUGCCCAUAUAGAAGUCUAUCGAAAAGGAUUUUGCAGCAUCGGGAAGCAACGAAUUUUAUGUCACAACCUUGUUGAUUUGUUGCGGCGACUUAGCAGAGCAUUUGAGAAUGCUUAUGAGGACCUCAUUAAAGCAUUUACAGAAAGGAAUAAGUUUGGAAAUCUCCCGUAUGGGUUCAGAGCCAAUACAUGGCUUAUACCUCCUGUUGCAGCACAAGUGCCUUCAGUUUUCCCACCUCUUCCUGUAGAGGAUGAAAGUUGGGGAGGAAAUGGGGGUGGUCUGGGAAGGGAUGGAAAAAGUGAUUUGCAUCCUUGGGCUAGUGAAUUCAUGUAUGUUGCAUCUAUGUCUUGCAAAACUGUAGAAGAUAGGCAGAUUCGAGACAGGAAAGCUUUCCUAUUGCAUAGCUUAUAUGUCGAUGUUGCCAUCUUCAAAGCCAUUUUAGCCAUUCGACACAUAAUGGAAAACCCAAACAUAAAUCAUUCUAAUUUAAGUGGUGAUGAUGACAUUAUACAUACGGAGAGCAUCGGGGACUUGAGAAUCAGAGUAUUUAAGGAUACUCCUGAUGCUAGCUGCAAAAUAGAUACAAAGAUUGAUGGCUCGCAGGCAACUGGGGUGGAGAAAGAAAAUUUGGUGGAGAGAAACCUACUGAAAGGGAUCACUGCUGAUGAGAACACUGCUGCUCAUGAUAUAGCUACUCUUGGUGUUGUGAAUGUAAGGUAUUGUGGUUAUACUGCUGUCGUGAAAGUUGAGGAGAGAAAAGAUGACAAGAAACAUUCUCCAUUGCCAUACAUUGAGCUUCUCGAUCAGCCUGAUGGAGGAGCAUGCGCCCUCAAUAUCAACAGUUUGAGGUUGCUGCUACAUAAAAAAACAAGUAGCAUUCUUCCUAAUCUGAAAAGAUCUGAAGGCCAAGAGCUCGUUACUUCUCGAGUCCUUGUGGAGAAACUAUUAAAGGAGAGUUUAAUGAAGCUUCAGGAAGAGUGUGUUGAAUGUGACAAGUUUACAAGAUGGGAACUUGGAGCUUGCUGGAUACAACAUUUACAAGAUCAACAGAAAACAGAAAAAGACAAGAAAGCUUCUACAGAAAAGGUGAAGGUUGAAGGGCUCGGGACAUCUCUUCGAUCUUUAAAAAACAAGAAAAAAGAUUUGGAGGGGAGCACAAAAGUUGUUGACGUUGUGAAUGGGGAAGUUGAGAAUUCUGUGUUGGAAUUUGCUGUAGAAUCUCCCAACUCAGAUGAAAAUGAGAAGGCUUUAAAAAAAUUGUUAUCUGAUGCUGCUUUUACUCGGCUUAAAGAGUCAGAAACUGGGCUCCACUGCAAGUCUUUGCUGGAGCUGAUUAACCAAUCUCAAAAAUAUUACAACGAAGUUGCUCUUCCAAAAUUGGUUGCAGAUUUUGGUUCUUUAGAACUAUCACCAGUUGAUGGACGAACUCUAACUGAUUUUAUGCACACACGAGGUCUCCGCAUGCGUUCUUUAGGACAAGUGGUUAAGUUGUCAGAAAAAUUAUCACAUGUGCAAUCUCUAUGUAUACAUGAGAUGAUAGUACGAGCUUUUAAGCACAUUAUACAGGCAGUGAUUGCUGCUGUUUCUAAACCAGAGGAAAUGGCUGCUGGAAUUGCUGCUGCACUGAAUCUGAUGCUUGGGGUUCCUGAAAGUAAACAAUCUUGUGUUGAUUCUGUAACAAAGACAUGGCUAGAAGUUUUCUUGAAGAAGCGAUUUGACUGGGAUCUUGCCAGCUUUAACUACACACAACUUAGAAAAAUUGCUAUACUACGUGGGUUAUGCCAUAAGGUUGGCAUUGAGCUGGUUCCAAGAGAUUUUGAUAUGAACUCUCCCCAGCCUUUCAAAAAGGAGGACAUCAUCAGCUUAGUACCAGUGCAUAAGCAAGCAGCAUGCUCGUCUGCUGAUGGACGCCAACUCCUGGAAUCAUCAAAAACUGCCCUCGACAAGGGAAAGUUGGAAGAUGCGGUUAGCUAUGGGACAAAGGCUCUUGCAAAGCUAGUUGCGGUGUGUGGUCCCUAUCACCGAAUAACUGCAGGAGCUUACAGUCUCCUUGCUGUGGUUUUGUAUCACACUGGGGACUUCAACCAGGCCACAAUCUACCAACAAAAAGCUUUGGACAUCAAUGAGAGAGAACUGGGAUUAGAUCAUCCAGAUACCAUGAAAAGCUAUGGGGAUCUUGCUGUGUUCUACUAUCGCCUUCAACAUACAGAGUUGGCUCUCAAGUAUGUAAAACGAGCAUUGUAUUUGCUACAUCUUACAUGUGGCCCAUCACAUCCAAAUACGGCUGCCACGUACAUCAAUGUAGCUAUGAUGGAGGAAGGUCUGGGAAAUGUCCAUGUCGCCCUCCGAUAUCUGCAUAAAGCUCUCAAGUGCAACCAAACGUUACUUGGGCCAGACCAUAUCCAGACUGCUGCAAGUUACCAUGCAAUCGCAAUUGCUCUCUCUUUAAUGGAAGCUUAUCCUCUGAGUGUUCAACAUGAACAAACAACCUUGCAGAUACUACGCGCAAAACUUGGCCCAGAUGAUCUACGCACACAGGAUGCUGCUGCUUGGCUCGAGUAUUUUGAAUCCAAGGCUCUUGAACAGCAAGAAGCUGCAAGAAAUGGGACUCGGAAACCCGAUGCAUCCAUAGCUAGCAAAGGCCAUCUUAGUGUAUCGGAUUUGCUUGACUAUAUCAAUCCAAGUCAUGAUGGACAAGGGACUGAUGGUAUGGGUUUAAAACGUAAAACCUAUAUCCAUAAGUUGAAGGGAAAAAGCAACCAAACCUUGGAGGUGGCAAAUGUUGACGAGGCAUCUCCAAAAGAUCUUCUGAAAGAAGUUACAGAUGAAGAGAAACAAGAGGCAACCCUUGAACAUGAGAUUCAAGUGAAUCACGAAUCCACUUCUCUAUCUGUUGAGUCGAUACCACCAAUCAAGGAAGAAAGUGUGGAAGAAACACCAGUUCCAGAUGCUUCCAAGCUUCAGCCACCAGAGGAAACUGGUGCACAAAACCAAAACCCUAACCCUACCAGUAAUGAAGGAGGAGGAGAAGAAGGGUGGCAAGCGGUUCAAAGGCCAAGAUCAGCAGGUUCAUAUGGACGUCGGCUAAGACAGAGGAAAGCAGCAGCGGGUCUCAACAAGGCUUACGGCUAUCAAAAGAAAGGUCUACUUCAUGAGUCUGAAAAUGGAAUUGGAAGAAUUGUCAAAGGUUUGACAUACAGAGUUAAGUCCUCGGUGCUUGUACCUGUGGAAGAAACUACUUCUAAUUCUUCGUCAUCUGAACAAACAACAAAAGAAGUAUCAGUAGGACAUGUACAACAAACACAGAGAAGAUCCAUUGUUAGCAUCGGAAAAUCUCCUUCUUACAAAGAAGUAGCCUUGGCCCCACCAGGUUCCAUUUCUCUGUUGCAGGUCAGGGACAGGGAUGAUGACGUUAUUCCUGAUGAUAAGGAAAUCGAUAAUGGUAAGCACGAGGAAUCUGUUGUUAAAGAAGCAGAAGAAGAGAUUUCUGAGAAAGUGGAUACGAAAGAUGAAACAAAAGAAACUCAUUUAGGAGAUGAUGUGUUACCUGCAAUUUCAGAUGUGGUGGAGGUUGAUAAGGUAAUAGACAAAAGUGUAAUAAUCGACAUGCCAAUUCCAAUUGUUCCCUCCAAUGCGAGUAUAGAGAUAGAGACAGAGACAGAAAAUGUAAAACCAAAUCAAAGUCAAGAAGCCCCAAACAAGAGGUUGUCUGCAUCCGCUACUCCAUUUAACCCAUCGCCACCUGCUGUUCGUGUUGCACCAAUGCCCAUGAACAUCGCUCUACCUCCUCCUGGGCCCACCCCAUGGCAAAUGAAUAUGACUCUUCACCCAAGACCACCUUCUUCGCCUCACUCACCCUACCCUACACCUCCACCUACAGGCACCCCCAAUAUGAUGCACCCACACCCAUUGCCUCUUAUGUACUCUCCUCCAUAUACACAAGCUCCAUCGUUAUCAUUACCCAUGCCCAUACCCAACACUAACACUACAUAUCCUGUAACCACCGGUCCCUUUCAUCCCAAUCAUUUCGCAUGGCAAUGUAAUAUGGGCGCUAAUGGGUUACAAUAUGUUACUGGGCCCGUUUGGUCAAACUGCCAUCCAAUGGAAUUCUCCAUCUCCCCACCAGCAGUAAGGCCGAUUUCUGAUCCAAACAUGGAGACCAAGCAGGUGUUUGAUGGAACUUUUCCUUCUCCUCCUAGUUUAUUGGAGGUUAACAAUGUGGAUGAAACUAAGCAAGAAGUGAGUCUUGAGAAAUCUAAUGACAUUGUAGGGGUUCAAAAUGGUUCAAAUCAUGGCCAAAGGGUUGAGAAUGAGAAGACUUUUAAUAUAUUGAUAAGGGGGAGAAGAAACCGAAAACAGACUUUGAGGAUGCCCAUUAGUCUGCUCAACAAGCCGUAUAACUCUCAGUCUUUCAAAGUCAUAUAUAGCAGAGUCAUUAGAGGAAGUGAAGCUCCAAAGUCUAGCACCAACCUUUCUUCUCAACCUACUGCUACUGCUACAUAA